AAAUGUGCUAACUUCCUCUCAGCAAGUCGAGAGCUAUAAUGAUUAAAUAAGUGGCGAAAAACGGGGCGCGUAUUAAAAUUCAUCGCGGACAAAUUUUACAUUAUCUUCGCGACUGUUCACAACGAUAAUUGUGUGUAAAUCAGUUUGUUCUGAUUUGUGGAUGUCUAAAUUUAAUAAACAACGGUAUGUGAGACAAUGUAACGACAGUUGUUUUGUGGUUGAGCUGAUAGACUGUGUGCUUAGCUUAUUCAGAAACGUUGUGUGUUUAUAGAUUCAAAAUCGAAAAAUUUGCUUCAAAAACAUUGCUUCUAGUGCUUAAUAGUACGAAUAUUUGCAUAAUAACAUAAUAUUUCAUAUAUCACUUACAUUUGGCUUAUUGUUCACAUUACGGCUACAUUAACUUUAUUGAAAUUUAGUUUUUCAGUAAAAUAUUCUUCUAUUAUGGCAGAUACCAUUAAGUUAUUGCUAUUUCUUACACUUUGUACCUUCACAAUGUCUUUUGAUGAUAUUACUAUGGAAGAAUACGAAGGAUCAAACAAGAUUCUGUCAAGACGAAAAAGGUACUUAGUUUUUCCGGAUGGAAGCUCAUUUCAAGUGGUUAUUUGUGAACAAAACCAUGGAUAUCUGCAAUUAGGUAACAUAGUAUGGUUUGCUAAUACGGCAGCGUUGGCGUGGGAACUCCCAACGGACCCGAAAUUAUUCCACAUAUUCAAAAACCACGAAAAAGAAUUUAUAAACAGAAAUGGAAUAUCUAAAAGUAUUUACUUUUUGGAUGAAGAUGGGAAAGUUUUAUCUAAGAAGCCAUACCACAAAAAAUUUCUGGUAAACCCCGCAUUUGCCAAGCGAAGUGUGACCGAUACAAAUAGCUCUAUAUCAAUCAAGCAAAUGCACGAGAAACAAAAGAAAGGCAGUGCAGUUCUACAAGACUUAGAUAAUAGUAGUAUCGACUUUCAUAGAUAUGGAAGAAAAGAUUUUUAUUCGAAAUUGGGAGAAUUUUUAAAUGCGCUAGGCCUGAACGGACAGGAAUGUGUUCUCCGGAUGCUGUGUGAGAGUGGCCAAGGAACUUCCGAACAAGGCACGUUCUUCGAAGAAAUCAUGAGAGCUACCUUUACAUUUCCUCGUCGACAGCAGUCCUCAAAACACCUCUACGACAAAGCACAUUCUACUAAAGAUGAUUGUAGGACUAUGUAUCCAGCCUGUAAUAUUGAUAGUCCAUAAAAAUAUUUACGCAAAAUAUGCUUUUAUUUAACAAAAUAGAAAGUCUAUAUCAAUCUCACAGCAAGUACGU